AUGCAAUUCUUUUUGUUUUAUUUGUCAACACAAGCAUCAAUACAGGAUGCAAUACUCGGAGAUUGGUCUGUGGUCAAAUUAGAACAAAGUGGAGCUAUAAAUGAUGAUUUUAAAAAUCAAAUUUACGGAAUUGAAAUUCAUAAAGCAGAUGAUAAAAUAAUUGGAUCAAUAUAUAGAAAUAAUAUCGAAGCUAAGUCGAGAUUAAACCCUUUCGUCGAUGCAUUUGAAGUAGAAGUUGUAGAAAACAAAAUUUUACUAAAAUCAACACAAAACAAUAUAGGAACCACAAUAAGCUUAGAAUUCGAUUUAAUAGAUGGCAAAUAUGCUUUAACUGGCACUCUUUUAGAUCAAGAACUUACAAUUGCAUUUAAUUCAGCAGAUUCUGCAAGUAUUUUAUAUGGAGAAACUCAAUACCUAUUACAGAGAGAAAUACAACCUGAAGAAGCGCCAAUUUCAGACAUGGUAAAGAACAGAAAGUCGAAAUUUGCACCAAAACAAGAAAAAACACAAGAAGAGCCUCAACAACCUCAAGAAACAGUUAAACCUGAUAUAAAAUUUACAGAUACGAUUAAAGAACUACUAGAACCGUUUAAGAAAUACUUAUACAUCGUAUACACAGCGUUGUUCAUUUUAGUUAUAGAAAUUAUCCUUCUUUCAUGCGGCUCUGGCUGCCAAAGCUUCAUGAAAGGUCGUGAUGCGAAAAGAAAAGCCAAUAAAAAGAAAAAUAGAGCUAAUAAAGCAAAUAAACAAGAAAAUGAGCCAUCUGAGAAAUAG